AUGGCGGCCACCGUGAUGCUCCUCCGGUCGCUUGCCCGCAACUUCAUUCCCCCGGAGCUCCACCGCUACCUCCACUCCAAACUCUCCAAAUUCAUCUCCUACUUCUCCUCCGAACUCACCCUCGUCAUGGAAGAGUUCCACGGGUUCACUCCAAACCCGCUCUUCGCCGCGGCGCAGCUCUACCUCAAGCCGCACGCAGCGCCAAAUACGAAACGCUUCCGCGCCAUGAAGCCUGCGAAAUCGCACCACGUAUCCCUUGUCAUGGACCGCAACGACGAGAUGACGGACUCCUUCAACGGCGUGCCGUUUCGGUGGAGGCUUGUGUCCCGGCGCGUCCCCUCGAAAUCGGUCUACCGCGGGGAGGCCUGCUCGGAAUACCAUAUGCAGUUCUUCGAGCUGCGGUUCAACAAGAAGCACCAGGAGAUGGUUCUGUCGGAGUAUUUACCGCGGGUGAUGAAGGAGGCGGAGGCGGCGCGAGAGAGGAGGAAGACGCUGAGGCUCUUCACGGUGAAGGACAUGCGGAUGAGAGGGAGGGGGGAGUUAUGGCAGGGCGUGAAUCUGGAGCACCCUGCGACGUUGGAAACGGUGGCGAUGGAUUGGGAAUUGAAGGAGAUGAUAAUUGGGGAUUUGGAUAGGUUUGUAGAGAGGAAGGGUUUAUAUAAGAGUGUUGGGAAGACGUGGAAGAGAGGGUAUUUGCUUUCGGGUCCCCCUGGUACUGGGAAAUCGAGUUUGAUUGCUGCUAUGGCCAAUUACCUGAAUUUUGAUGUGUAUGACUUGGAACUCACUGCCGUUACACGAAACUCUGAGCUCAGGAGGUUGUUGAUUGCGACCAGGAAUCGUUCCAUUCUUGUUGUGGAGGACAUUGAUUGUUCCCUUGAUUUGCAGAAUAGGCUUCUUGCAAAACCUAAAACAUCACACCGCUUUAUCCCACCCCAUUAUUUUGACAGUCCAAAACCCCAGGUGACAUUAUCGGGCUUCCUGAAUUUCAUUGAUGGCUUGUGGUCUAGUCGUGGGGAUGAGAGGAUAAUAGUGUUCACCACGAAUCACAAGGACAAAUUGGACCCUGCUCUUCUGCGCCCUGGGCGUAUGGAUGUGCACAUUGACAUGACUUACUGCACCCCAGGUGGGUUCAAAAUGCUGGCUUCCAAUUACUUUGGGAUCACACAGCACCCACUUUUUGUUCAAAUUGAGAAGUUGCUGGGGACGACCAAUGUCACUCCUGCGGAGGUGGGGGAACAGUUUUUGCAGAAUGAAGAACCGGAGACUGCACUCCAAAGCCUGAUGGAGCUCCUUCUUGAGAAGGAACGAAAUCAUGAAAUGAAGAUGAAAGCACCUCUCACCAUUCACUGA